CGCUGCGGCGGGCUAGAGGAGGGGCGUGGCGGGCGCGGCCUAUAUAAGGCGAGGGGCGGGCGCCGCUCUUUUGUCUUUUGCUGCAGCAACGCGAGCGGGUACCCCGGGACCGCGGUCUGGAAGCGGAACUUCUCGGAUUGUUUUAAGAAAAUGGCAGACAAGCCCGACAUGGGGGAAAUCAACAGCUUCGAUAAGGCCAAGCUGAAGAAGACUGAGACGCAGGAGAAGAACACCCUGCCGACCAAAGAGACCAUUGAGCAGGAGAAGCAAGCAAAGUGAGAUUUUCCGCGAACCUGGAGGAUUCUCCACCGCAUCAUCUUGGAGACCCUAGCCGUGAUGUGGAGGAAGAGCCACCUGCAAGAUGUACACGAGCGACAAGCUGCACUGUGAACCCGGGCACUCCGUGCCGUCGCCACCGGCCCGCGGGUCUCUGAAGGGGACCUUCCAAUCGGACUGCCAAAUUUCUCCGGUUUGCCCUGGAAUAUUAUAGAAAAUUAUUUGUAUGAUUAAUGAAAAUAAAACACACCUCGUGGCAUG